AUGGACGUAAUGGCCGCAACCUACGUAGCUUAUCUGGUCGUCUGUUGCAUUUUAGGAAUUCCCGGGAACGUCAUCAUCAUUCACGUUUUCAUGAAGAAAAGACAGAAAAUGUCCACAGACAUUCUCCUCAUCACCCUAGCCGUCAUCGACUUAAUGAGCAGUGUUCUCCUCAUUGUAGCAAUCAUCUGGGCUGUCAAUCCAAGUUUUCGAACCCAGUUCAACUGUGUCUUCUUCUGGUAUUUCCGUCGAACGUUCGCUAUCGAAACUGGUUUCAUGCCAAGCAUCAUUGCCAUCGAUAGAUACAUUAUGGUUUGUAGUCCUUUCAACUGGCGAACCUCAAAAAGGAAAGCCGUCUUUUGGGUUGUCGUCUCCAAUUCAUUGUGUUUUACAUUUUCCAUACCAUUUAUUCUCUACGGCAAUGCAGUCGGUGUAGUUUGCGUGUACAACGGGCCCAAGAUUGUGCACUAUUUUUUCUUAACCUUGUUGAAUAUCAUCUACCUGACUGUUGGUAUAAGCUGCCCAUUCUGCUACUUGAUGAUCUACAGGAAAAUCAAACGCCACUUUGAGGAGACUGCCUAUAUCCAAGCCAGUAUACGUUCUGCCCCCGUGUCAACCAAAGUUUCCGGAAGCACAUUUGUAUCUCAGAGUCAACCUCGAACAGAAAACGCAGAUGACAUUCCGUUCAUUACUAAUGGUAAGGCUCAUCAGCAAGGAAGCGUUUCCGAACAAACGGAUAUCCAUGAAGUCACUACACGUUCACGGGUCGCCUUUAUUUCUGACCAUCUCGCAAUUCCCUCAAUCUCUGGCUCUGUUGAUAUCCCGGAAUCCUCAUACACGAAGUGCCACCAUGGCGCCAAAAAUCAGGUUUCACCAACCACAGCAGGACCAGAAACAGCCGACCCAAAGGCUGUUCCAUCUCUCACCUCCUCUAAGCCUCGUACCAAGAGAGACAAGAUGACGAAGAUGAUGUUCAUCAUCACCGUCAUCUACGUCAUCACCGUUAUGCCUGCAGUGAUACUUGAAAAUCUGGGAGAGAAAUAUAUCAAGCAGAUACAGCAAACGACCGUCGGGGAAAUGACAGUCAACUUCCUCUAUCAAAUGCGUAUCAUCAACCACAUCAUCAAUAUAUUUGUCUACUACGGUGUCAAUGAAAAUUUCAGGAAGGACACCAAUGCGUUGUUCGUUAGUAUACUCAGCAAGCUUGGUGGGAAAUGA